AUGCUACAAAAGCACAUUUUGGAGGUGGAGAUGAGACGCUGUGGGGAGGAGCUGCGACAGAGCCACUCAAAGGUAGAGGCUCUAGAAAAAGAACUGAAAACUAUGGUUCAGGCUGAGCGGCUGAGUUGCAUUGUCGGGCCGCAGGAUGCAGCAAUAUUUCUGUGUCAAACAACCAUGGGAAGGAGCGAGCAGACACCUUGGACAUGGUGUGACUUGACCAACCGCCUGGGUUUGUCACGAUUGGUCCCCUCGACUCAAAGCUACAUUUCCUCGAAAUACAGUGCGAUGAUGAACUAUGAUGUAGACAUGUCAUGACAGCUCUUAUCAACUCUUCUGAGGUUUAUCAUGGUUUAGCUGAUCAUAUCUGAUUAAAUUUGAUUC